AUGAAGACCCUGCUUGACAACAUGGGUCUAGAUUAUCAAGCGCCUGUUUUCCAAGGCAAGGCGCCCUCCCGCCCGAAGAAAGGCUCGUCAAAGAGGGGAAAAGCUAAGUCUUCCUCGGCCGGGGCGGAGACCCAAGUUGGCGCAAACGCUCCUGCCGCCUCGGCAGGCAAAGGAAAGGGGCGCUCAAGCCCCAAAAAGAUGAAGCCGCAGAAAGUGGCAAGCGCCCCGCUCGUGGAGGAAAAGGAUGCGCCUCCAUAUGUGCAACCGGGGGAGGGGACACUCUCUAUUGACGUUGUUUCCGACCCCGAGUUGGACAUUGACGACGUCCCCCUUGGCAAAAAACUCAAGAGGAAGGCUGCAAAUGAUGUGCCGGCGCAUAGCAAGAAGCAACGCACAAGCGCGGAGGCCCAAGUGCCCGAGUUCGUGGAGAAGUGGCUGCAACCACCCAAACACAAGGUCGACAUUGCUUGCUCGGACAGGUCUGCCUUGGAGAGGGGCCCGACGCUUGGGUUUGCUUUUCAAGCAGCCGAGGUGUUGAGGGCGCCUAGUGAAGUUCAAGGCGCUAACCUGUGGGUAGAAGUGGCGAGCGUGGCUGCCCAGAUACUCCUGCUUGCAAAGAAUGGCGCCUUGGCUGGUGAGGCGCUACGCGUUGGAGAGGCGCAAGGCUCGGCUUCCCUAAGAGUUAUGCGGGACGACCUGGAGAUGGCGCAGAGGCGCCAAGCAGAGCUUGUGCAGGCGUGCGAGGAUGCCAAUCUUGAGGCCGCAAAGGCUGUUUCCCUCGUCCAAUAA